AUGUCAUCAUUUAUUUUAACUAAAACUCGUUUAGAAGCAUUACCUGAUGAAAUUUUACUUCUAAUUUGUGAAUAUUUAUCAUCGACUGAAAUAUUAUUUUCUUUCGUUGGUCUUAAUUCUCGAUUAAGUAAAACAAUAAGUGGUUUUUGUCGACAUGUUGUUCUUGCACAAAUUCCAUUUAAACGAUUUAAUUAUAUUUGUAAAACAAUUCUACCUCAAAUUGGUACUCAAAUUUCUUCAUUAGUUGUGAGUAAUGAUUGGAAAGGUGUUCUUUCAAAAAUAUUUCUUAAUUAUUUCGGUGAAAAAAUGUCUUCGAUAUUUCCAUGUCUUAAACAAUUAAUACUUCCGACAUAUCUAAUCGAUUCAUUAGCAUCGUUUCUUGAUUGUCUUCAAAAUUUACCAUUAUUAUUUGAAAUAAAAAUCAUGAGUGUAUACGAAAUGGGUACCAGUUCGACUUCACAACAAGCAUUAUUAGAAAAACUUUUUACUGCUAAUAAUAAUCGUCUAACAUCGAUUUUAUUUGAUGAUGAUUCAUUAUCGUUUUCCUAUAAAAAUAAUACUGAUGUAAAUUAUUUACAUAUUGAAAAUUUAGUAAUCGAAUUAGAUUGUCUCAGUGAUUUACAUCGAUUACUUACAGAUUUACCUCAAUUGAAAUCUAUUGAUGUAGCUAUUAAUGGAGAAGAUUUAGAAAUUGAUGAAGAUAUAAAAUAUAUUCCAAUUGUUACUUUAAAAUAUUUUCGUUUACGAUCAUUUAUUCAAUCAUGGAAAUUAGCUGACCUUGUAACAAUAUUUCGACGUAUUCCUAAUAUUGAAGAACUUAUUAUACAGAUUAAUACUCAUUAUGAUACUCGUUUAAUUGAUGGUGAACAAAUGUAUUCUCAUUUAUCAUCGUUGUUAUCCUUAAAAAAAUUUACUUAUUUUCUUCAAUUUCAAGAUAUAUCUCUCGUUGAUACUACAGACGUUAUUUCUAGUUGGAAAGAAUUUCAACAAGAUUUUAUUUGUAUAAAUAGUGAUGAUAAUGAAAGUAUUAUUUUAUAUUCAUUACCAUUUAAUUACCCAUAUUUAACUCUAAGAUAUUCAUUAGCAAAAAAUAAAAAUUUUAGUGAUAAUUUUGGAUAUGAAGUUAAAUGUUUAACACUUUAUGAAGUAUCAACACGAAUAGCUGAAACAUUUUCAAUUAUUAAUAAAUGUCAUAGAAUGCAACGUCUUAUUUUACAAAUCUAUCCAGAAAUUAUUCCAGAGUCUUUCCAAGAGAUUCAAUUGAGAAAAUUACCCUACUUGACAUUUUUCGUGGCAUUUCAGACCUUAUCAAUCAAUACAGAUGAUUUUAAGAGAUUACUUGAAGCAGCACCUAAUUUAUAUCAUAUGGCAAUUGCUUACGAACUACUCGAUUCAUUAUUUGCCAGUGAUAUUGUCUGUAAUUUAUUAGGACGUCGUGUUACUGAUCUACUCAUAGGUAUAACUUCGGAAAUAAAUUCCGAAGCAAUCCCUAUAUUUAUAACUCGUCUUGCAUCUGUAUGUCCAUCUUUAAAACAUUUAUAUUUUCAUUCAAAAGAUAGUAAGAAUUCAACUGAAUCAAUAAUUCUAACUGUUUUAAAUCAUUUAUCAAAAUGGAAUUGUCUUAUAUCAUUUGGUGUUGCAAAUAUUAAAAUCGAUUCGAAGAUCUUAACUCAAGGUAUUCGUGAAUGGAUUAUUGAAAACUCAAACUUACAUGACAAUGAUUCAUUUCUCACGGAUUACAGUGCAGAUACAUUUCGUUUAUGGCUUUAA